AUGGAAUCGUUCGGUGUGGCGGUGAACGGUGUUUCUCACGCCGAAGCGGCAGAGAUUUCAAAACCAGAUGACCCAUUUGCAGGACCACUGAAAACAAUUGCGCCUUGGAACUAUAAAAUAUUGGCCGCCUUAAUGUUUAUUGUCACAUCGCUGUCUUUAGCAGAAAACUUCACCGUGAUGCUUGUAACUUUCAGAUUUAAGCAGCUGAGACAGCCUUUGAAUUACAUCAUCGUAAAUUUAUCUUUGGCUGACUUUCUCGUAUCCCUUACCGGUGGCGUAAUAAGUUUUCUUACUAAUUACAAAGGGUAUUUCUUCUUGGGGACUUGGGCUUGCGUUUUGGAGGGCUUUGCUGUUACCUUUUUCGGGAUUGUGGCAUUGUGGUCCUUGGCUGUUCUCGCAUUUGAACGCUUCUUUGUAAUCUGUCGACCUCUGGGCAACAUUCGACUUCGCGGAAAACAUGCAGUAUUGGGACUGGUGUUUGUCUGGACUUUCUCCUUCAUCUGGACCAUUCCACCAGUGCUAGGAUGGAACAGCUACACUGUCAGCAAGAUCGGCACCACCUGCGAACCCAACUGGUAUUCUGGAAACUUCUCUGACCACACCUUCAUCAUCACCUUCUUCACCACCUGUUUUAUCUUGCCUCUGAGUGUGAUUAUCGUGUGCUAUGGCAAACUACUCCGGAAACUGAGAAAGGUGUCAAACACACACGGCAGGCUGGGUAAUGCCAGAAAGCCCGAGCGGCAGGUGACUCGAAUGGUGGUGGUGAUGAUCGUGGCGUUCAUGGUGGCCUGGACGCCAUACGCAGCAUUCUCCAUCAUCGUCACGGCGUGCCCAACCAUUUACCUGGACCCCCGCCUGGCUGCUGUGCCCGCCUUCUUCUCUAAAACAGCCACCGUUUACAACCCCGUCAUCUACGUUUUCAUGAACAAGCAGUUCCGGAAGUGCCUGAUCCAGCUGUUUACCUGCACUGACACCCUCCUCCCAGAGGGGAACCUGAACCAGACCACCGAGCGAGCAGGCAUGACGGGGGAGAGUAACACAGGCGAGAUGUCAGCGAUCGCGGCCCGGAUCCCAGUCGCCGGCGGAGCACUGCCAAAAUCUGAUGAACAGCAGAGUGAAUCCAGCUCUUUUGCCCAGCUGCCUAUCCCCGAAAACAAAGUCUGCCCUAUGUAG